AUGGCGACAAAAGCAGCGUACAAGCGACUCACUCGGGAGUACCAAAACAUUCAAAAGAAUCCUCCCCCUUAUAUUGUGGCGCACCCUUCAGAAUCUAAUAUACUUGAAUGGCAUUACAUUCUCACAGGCCCUCCAGGGACUCCGUACGAAAAUGGUCAAUACUGGGGCACUCUGAUGUUCCCCCCUGAGUAUCCGUUUGCGCCCCCGGCUAUUCGUAUGCAUACUCCAAGUGGUCGAUUCCAACCCUCGUCACGACUUUGCCUUAGCAUCAGCGACUUUCAUCCCAAAUCAUUCAACCCCGCUUGGGAGGUCUCUACAAUCCUCAUUGGACUGCUUUCUUUCAUGACUAGCGAAGAGAUGACAACGGGUAGCGUCAGUGCUUCGGAAGCUGAGCGGAGAGUGUUGGCUGCACGGUCGAGAUGGUGGAACUCCACAGGUGGGGGAUCUCAUGUCAGCGCAACCCCCGGAGUCACCCUCACGGCCAGGGGUAUCAACAAUGUGAAGGCUGGAGAUGGCGGCUUGAAGUUCCGCACCGAGUGGCCAGAGCUUGACCAAGAAAACUGGAAAUGGAUGAGAGACAACCGCAUUGACACGACCACUGGACAGCUCAUUCCCGACCCCAACUCUUCGGUCACCAAGUGCUCUCCGGAGACAAGCGCACUCCGCAGGCGUCCGAACGCCAGCGCACCUGGACUCGGGGCGGUAAUGGAAGGUGGCCAGGUCGCACGAGAAGCAGGUCAAAGCUGGGCCCGUCGGAACAAGGUUUGGAUCGGUCUCGCCCUCAUAUUCGGCUACGCCCUUCUUACCCGGUUGGUGAACGAUGUGCAAGGUUAA